GGCCUUCUAUCACUUUGAACAGAAAGUCGCUAGAACAUUAAUAUUUAUCAUGAGGUACUGUAACUUUAAGAUAUAAUUGUACAGCUUGAUGUAAUUCGUGGUGCCCUUUACAAUUAAAAAGACGGGACUAUUUUCGCGACCAGGAACAAAAUAAAUCGGAAGAAUAAUACUUAAGCGGAACAAGAAAGUGGCUUGGUUGGUCCCAGGAGCUCCAGGAGUGGAAACAGCUGUGCGUGUUUCAAGUGAAAUUAAGACGUCCCCCUAGCAACGACUUCUCUGUUGCUGUUUGUAAUUUCACCGACAAUCACUAUCAGAGCAGGUCUUGUCAGUGGCACAGAGGGGGAGCCUUUUAAAUAAAACAGUACAAAAUCAAGAAGUCCUCACUCCGCCAUGUCUCUAGCGCUGAAGCAGGUCUUCAACAAGGACAGGACAUUCCGGCCGAAGCGGAAGUUCGAGCCAGGCACGCAGCGCUUCGAGCUGCACAAGAAGGCGCAGGCCUCGCUGAACGCCGGGCUGGACCUGAAGCAGGCCGUGCAGCUGCCGCAUGGCGAGGACCUGCACGACUGGGUGGCGGUGCACGUGGUGGACUUCUUCAACCGCAUCAACCUCAUCUACGGCACCAUCAGCGACUCCUGCACCGACCAGUCUUGCCCCGUCAUGUCGGGCGGGCCGAAGUAUGAAUACCGCUGGCAGGACGAGCACAAGUACAAGAAGCCCACUGCGCUGCCUGCCCCCAAGUACAUGAGCCUGCUGAUGGACUGGAUAGAGGUGCAGAUCAACAACGAGGACAUCUUCCCCACCAAUGUCGGCACGCCCUUCCCCAAGACAUUCAUGCAAGUGGCAAAGAAGAUCCUUUCUCGCCUGUUCCGUGUGUUUGUCCACGUCUACAUCCACCACUUCGACCGUGUGAGCCAAAUGGGGGCAGAGGCCCACGUCAACACCUGCUACAAGCACUUCUUCUACUUUGUCAAAGAGUUCAACCUCAUUGACCACAAAGAGCUGGAGCCACUGAAAGAGAUGACGUCACGGAUGUGUCACUGAGAGGGACCACCACUGGAUAUGUGUCUGCAGCACAGUCCCCCCACAGAGGAACAGGGCCAACCACACAGGAGACCGAAACAGGAUAUUCAAUCAGAAAGAGUCUAUUUUUAUAAAUAUUUACUGUAAUGACCUAUUUAGCAAGAAAUAAAUUAAACAGCCUAUUUUCUAUUGUUUUUGUGAAGCUGAGUUUUAUUACUGUCCAGUAUUAAGCAUUUGUUUUUAAUCUGAAGCUGAAACAUUUCUUUGAAAUUUCGCUGCCAAGCUUUUUUUCACCAUUCUGCUCACCUGCCUAUUACCUGUGAUACAGUCUUCGAUGUUGUGUUUUCUGGAGCACAUGGCCUGAUAGUGGCAAGGGUGCAAGCCCUAGUUUGUAAUUUACCUGUGUUUGUUAUUAUGUUCCUGAAACGUGACUGAAGGUAGACAACCGUUGACUGAUAAACGCUGGCUUAGAGACUGCCUGCUGAAUAAUCAUGGACAUGACUGAUGUUACUUCAUAUUUCACUAGCAUAGCAUAAAGUAUAUUCAAAGGAAAUAGCCCCAACUUCAUACAUUUGCUGGAGUCAUCGGUACUACACUGUUUAUU